AUGUCGAGCACCGCUGCUGCAUUCGGCCGCGCGGCGCACGAUGCCGAGCUCAAGCUCGCAGGCGAAGAGCAGCUCUCCACCAUCCGCCGCAUGGCCCAGGUCGUGGCGCGCAUCUUUUACGAGGACCGCCACAUCGUGCUCAUGGACCAGCUCGUCAGCAUCACCGUGCUCCCCGCCGACGUGCUCGCCCAUCGCCUCGGCAUCCAGGUCAAGGAGCUCGCCGCGCUCUCGUCCAAGCUGCUCGAGGACAAGCUCAUCUGCACCUUCCGCCGCAACGAGAUCCGCGACGCCAUCACCAACCGCAGCGUGCCCCGCACCUAUUACUACCUCGACUACAAGCUCUUCCUCGACGUCACAAAGUGGCGCAUGAUGUCCAUCCGCAAAAAGAUCGACACCCGCCUACGCAACGAGCUCGACAACAAGGGCUACCUCUGUCCGCGUUGCAAAAAGUCCUACUCCACCCUCGAGGUCGCCCAUCUGCUCGACAUCUUCCGCAACGUCUUUGUCUGCGAGACGCCCGGCUGCACCACCGAGCUCGUCGACAACGAAGAGGCGGAAGACGUCAAACGAAGCAAGGACAGCCUCAUGCGCUUCAACGAGCAGCUCGCCGCACUGCUCGGCGGCCUCCGACGCACAGAAGGCAUUGUCUUGCCACCGCUCGACGUCGGUGCCUGGCUCACCAAGCACGCCGCCUCGCAGCCCUGGUUCGCCGCACGCUCCGACGAGGCAGGCUCGCUGCCGUCGUCGUCGAGCGUCAGCGCCGCCCCCACGCUGCAGGUGGAUCUGGCGUCCAACGAUCCUGCCGCCGAAGCCGCGCGCCGACUCGCCAAGCAAAAGGCAGAGGACGAGCAGAGGAAGCAAAACGCGCUGCCCGCAUGGCAUCUCGCCAGUACCGUCAGCGGCGAGCAGACCGCGCUCGGACGCAAGCAGGAGCGCCUGCACUCGUCCAGCGGCAUCGACGUGCACGACGGCAAGGACGACGACGACGCCGACGACGACGACUACUACGCCCAGUACGCCAGUCUGCAGACCGCCGAGGCGGCCGCAUCGUCCAAGCCCGACGCCACGCCCGACGUCGACGAGGAGGACUUUGAAGACCUGGAGCCCGUCUCGCCCGGGCCGUCGCCAGCCAAACGGUCGCGCUCGCCCGAUGACGGCGAUAGCGACAAGAAGAGAGCCAGGACGGAGCCGCACGCCGCUCCCACUUCCACGGCAGUCGAGAACGGCGGCGGUGGCGACGACGACGACGACGACGAUGGCGGCAUGGACGACUUUGAGGAUGUCGUGUAG